CUGCUGCUCCUGGACCUACGUCAAAGACGUCAGUGGAGUAACGGCCUCACGAUGGGAGAUCAAGAGGCAGGCGAACCCUUUCUGGGUAUAGUGGCUAGUGACUAUGAAGGAGUCCUGCCCUCGGACACGGUGUCACUCAGCGAUUCCGAUUCUGAUGACCUUGGGCUGGCGGAUGAAGCUGAGGUUGAUACAGUAUCUCCCGAGGAGCCAUCUGCAGAUGAUGGGGGCUGCCGGUCGGGAGAGACCUCUGACUCUUCAAGCAGCAGCCGUAAAUCUCCCGCCCAGCCAUUCCACUUGAGAGGCAUGAGCUCCACCUUCUCUCUCCGUAGCCAGAGCAUUUUUGAUUGCCUGGAAGAGGCGGUCAAGCUGUCUGUGCCCUCAAUGCCUGAAGAUAAUGUGGUUGAUGGCAGAUUUAAACGGCCUUUGCCUCCAACUACUGUUUCAAGUAACAGGCUUCCAGAAAGCCCUGCAAAGCAAAAAAAACCAGUGCAGGCUCCCAAGAUCUCUGCUGCUGUCCCUGACUAUGUGGCGCAUCCGGAGCGCUGGACCAAAUACAGCCUAGAUGGCGUGUCAGAGUCUAGUGACAAGACUAACAGGGCAGUGGCCAUGGAAUUUCUAGAGGGUUUGAAGAAAAGAGGAGGGGAGCAAAGCUCAGCUGCCCACGACAGCUACACCCCGUACUUCAACCAGGACCCCUCCAGCUGCGGCGCUGGAAGGAUUGUCUUCACCAAACCAUCUAAAAGAGGGGUUGAUGGACUGGAAAAGAAAACAUUGCCAGGAGAGGAUGAUAAGAAGCAUACAAAAACAGAUCUGAGAGGAAAAUCUCCCAAGAAUACUGAUGACUUGAGGGAGGAGGAUAAGGUGGAGUUGGAGCAUUUAGAUGGUGCAAGUGGGAACACAGCAGAGGAGGAGGGGUACCUGACGAUGGGGGGCCUAAAUCAAGAAGGGAAACUUAGUGCAAGGUUUAGUGAGGCAAGUGAAGAGCCGUUGGUGGAAAUGGUUGGAUUCCACUGCAGUAAGAAGAGGAACAGGAAAAACCUCCGACCUAAAGUAGACCAUGAAGAGGAAGAGUCCUAAGGGUGGAGCAAAACUAGAGACAUGCAAAGACUUGCACUGUUCGGGGACAUUCCCUUUGGAUAUAUUUGCUUUUUGUUAACCCA